AUGGAGUCCGCGCUGCCCACGCCGCCGGCAGACUCCGACGCUGAAGACUCUGGCGAUGACUCCGUGCCGGCCGAUCCAGAGAAAUGGGAGCGACCUGACGUGGCGCGGUGUAUCCGGUGGGUGGCGAAGACAUUUUCAUUGCGCGCUCCGAGGAAGCACCUGCUCCCGGACACGGGAAAGGCGCUGUUGGCGCUCACACAGGACAACUGGACACAGAUAUGCGACGGCAAUGAGCAGUCAGCGCGCAUCUACCACGCGUACCUGCGACACACGCACGCGGGCGCCAAGGGAGCGCCGCCCCCCGACCCGCUGCCGGAGCACCAGGCUGCCUCCAGUAGCGCAUCCGAUUACAGUAAGUACUGUUUUUAA